GGCUGCUUGGGCUCAAAUUGCUUUCCUCACUUUGUGUGUCAGUGAGGUCCAUCUGUCACUUGUCUGCAGUUAAGCUCCCACACCUGAUUUGAAUAAUCAGCUAAUGAAACUGCAGGAUCUUUGCACAGUCAACAAGCAAAAUGGACAUUCAGCAGCAAAAUAGGCCAUAUCUGGAGACCAUACAGGAAGAGUCAGAGCAGAAAGAUGAAAUCGAAGAAAGCGAGAAAGGGGACUUUCAAAUUCAAGUAGCUGUGGAGACAAAGGAGGUGAGGGCAGAGGAUGGGAGUGAAGAAGAUGAAGAUGAAGAUGACUCUGCUCUGCUGAGGGUCCUGAGACCAAGGCGAGCAUCCCGUUCCCUCAGGCAAAAGAGUUUUCCCCGAAUGCAAUCUACCAACAGUGAACAGGGGGAAAGAGAGAAUUUCCCAGAGUCAGAUCAGAGCUCACAGUCAGUGCACUUAAGUGAUGGAGCUAAACCAACUAAACAGGCAAGGUCUGGAAAUGAGAAAAGCUCCAGUAGUGGUGAGCUGAGAGUAAAGAUCUCCAAGAUCAAAUGGCAAAAAGACCCAGUGGCUAAAUCGCCAGUGAUGAGGAAAACAAAGAAGAAAAGUCAGAGGAAGGAGUCUCCGGUUGAGGAGCCGUUUCCUGAGUGGCUGGUGAACCUGAUGGUCAACAUCGAAGAGGCAACAACUCACCAACUGGUGGUUGAGUAACAGUCUUCAUGAGGCAAAUGUGAAACAUGUCGGGCACGUCAGGCUGUGACCUCAACGAUGAACCCCAAAUGUAGAACAAAGUCGACCCAGGCCAUGUUAAGGGUUAGCACCACCUGCAGAGUAAAGUCCAUAUGUGGCCUAAUGUGCAAGUCACGGCUUCUUUUUUGUCAUUAUCAGUGUGAACAAAGAGAAAAAUAUAAGAAGGUACAAAAAUAAGGCAUUCACUGGAUGGUGGAUCAUUUGUGCUGUCAGUAUCAUUACAUUUCUGUCAUACGCUCUUUUUUAUAUUAUAUUGAUUUAUUUUAA